AUUCUCACAGAUAUUUUAAGAAGAAGGUACGAGAAAAGUGAAGGGAGCUACUAUGAAUACAGGAUAUAUUAGCGGUUAACAAAUAACAGACAAAUGACUUUCCUCCACGUCGCGUGAUUUAUCAACUCUACUUUGCUGCAGCACUAGUGUAUCAUCUCGAGUCGAGUUAACUCCAUUACCAAAAGUCCACCAUUUAUCGUCCUCAGAGACGACCAACAAUCAAAAACAAAGACUUGGAAAUUCGGCAUCUUUGUUCGGAAAAUCUCGAGCUUGAUAACAAUGGCGGAAGCGGUUCUCUUCAACAUCAUCGGUAGAAUCCUCGGGAAGUUGGGUUCGGGAGCGAUUCAAGAAAUGGGGUCAAUUUGGGGGGUGAAAGAUGAGCUUCGGAAGCUUCAAAAAUCCAUGUCCGCUAUUAAAGCUGUAAUUUUGGACGCAGAGGAGAAAAGGUUCAGCAACCAUCAAGUCAGAGAUUGGCUCCAGAAGCUUGAAGACGUCGUGUACGAAGCAGAUGACUUGGUUGACGAAUUAAACACCGAAGCUUUGCGGCGAAAAGUGAUGUCUAGGAAUAAUCAAAUGGCGAAGAAGGUACGUGUUUUCUUCUCCAGCUCAAACCAGCUUGCUUUUCGGGUAAAGAUGGCUAAAAAGAUUAAAGUGAUUGGAGAGAUAUUAGAUGAGAUUAGAGCUAAUAGGAGCUUUUACUUAAUGGAGAAUAUGGAGGAGAAAACUGUGUCUCAUAGUGGGAGAGAGACUCACUCGUUUGCUAGGGAAGAAGAAGUUAUUGGGAGGGAUGAAGAUAAGGUGGAAAUACUGAAGCUUUUGUUGGAUUUGGGAUUUGAAGAGAAUGUUUCGAUUAUAUCUAUUGUUGGAAUGGGCGGACUAGGAAAGACUACACUUGCCCAACUGGUUUUCAAUGAUGAGAUGGUUCAAAAGCAUUUUGAGCUGAAAAUUUGGGUUUGUGUGUCUGAUGUGUUUGAUUUUAAAUUGAUCAUCGAAAAGAUUAUUAAAUCUGCGAUGAAUAAUUGUCCAAAUAAUCUUGAUAAUCUUGAGAUGGAUCAAUUGCAAAAUCAGCUUAGAGAAGAAUUAGAGGGGAAGAGAUACCUACUUGUUCUAGAUGAUGUGUGGAAUGAAGAUCGAGUAAAAUGGCUUAAUUUGAACAGCUUGUUAAUGGGUGGUGCAGGAGGUAGUAAAGUGUUGGUUACUACGAGGAGUGAGAAGGUUGUUAAGAUAACGCAUGCUCAACCAUAUUAUUUGAUGGGUUUGGACAAAGACAAGUCUUGGUCUUUGUUUAAGAGAAUGGCAUUUGAGCAAGGACAAGAGCCUCAGAAUCCAAGUAUUAUAGAAAUGGGAAUGGAGAUUGUGGAAAAGUGCGGGGGAGUUCCUCUUGCCAUAAGGGCAAUAGGGAGUACACUGUAUCUCAAGAAUCCAGAAACUGAAUGGUUAUCCUUUAAGAAUAAUGAACUUGCCAAAACAAGUGAAUUAGAAAGUGAUGUCUUGCAGGCACUCGAGCUGAGUUACAAGCAUCUUCCCUCACAUUUGAAACAUUGUUUUGGAUAUUGUGCAUUGUUUCCAAAAGAUUUUCAUAUUGAUGUUCAAAUGUUGAUAAAACUUUGGAUGGCACAAGGAUUUAUUAAGUCCAUGCACCAAAACCAAUGUUUAGAAGAUGUUGGUUAUGGGUAUUUUAUGGACCUACUUUGGAGGUCCUUCUUUCAAGAAGCGAAAAAGGAUGAUUGGGGUGCUAUAAGGAGCUGUAAAAUGCAUGAUCUAAUGCAUGAUCUUGCAAUUAGGGUAGCAGGGACCAGCAGUUGCCGGUUAAAUGAAAGUAUGGAGAAUUUUUAUGAAAGCACUCGUCAUGUAUCGUUUGAUUUUGAAUUAAGUAAACCAUUGCGAAUUCCAGCAUCUUCAAUUGAGAAAAGCAAGAUAAGGACAUUCCUUUUACCCAAGCAACGGUAUGAAGAAAGAUUGAACGUGCCAAAUUUUGAUGAACUGUGGUCCAACUUUAAAUUUUUGCGGAUGUUGGAUUUGAAUAGUUUGCAUAUCAAGAUAUUGCCAAAUAGUUUGGGGAAACUCAAACAUUUGAGAUAUCUUAAUCUUUCAUAUAACAAAAUUGAGCUGCUUCCAAGUUCUAUAACUAGAUUGCAGAAUUUACAAACACUAAUUCUCUCUGGUUGUAAAAAGCUUUUGAGUCUGCCUAUAGAUAUGAAUAAAUUGAUAAGCUUGAGGCAUCUUGAGAUGUAUGAAUGCUGGAGUUUGACUCAUAUGCCACGUGGACUUGGUGAAUUGACUGCUCUUCAAACAUUAGAUCAGUUUGUUGUAGUUGAGAAUUCUAUUGUGGUAAGGGAUAGUGGUGGGCUUGGUGAGCUGAGCCUCCUUAACAACUUAAGAGGAGAGUUGUCCAUCAAGAACUUGGGACAUGGGAAAUACACGGCGUUGAAAUCAAAGGAUGCAAACUUAAAGGAGAAACAACAUCUUCAUAGCUUGCGGCUGGUAUGGAAAAACGAAGAUUGCGGUUAUACAAGUGGUAUUUUGGAGGGUGAUGAAAUAUCAUUAGAUGGACUGCAGCCACAUUCAAAUCUAAAAUCACUUAAAGUGGAAUACUUCAUGGGUCAGAGGGUUGCAGGUUGGCUUUCUUUGCUCGCUAAUCUUGUUAAGUUGUAUUUAAUUGGUUGCAAAAAUUGCCUACAUCUCCCUCCAUUGGAUCGGUUACCUUCUCUCAAGGAACUUAAGCUGUUAUCAUUGACUUCUCUCCAGUAUGUAUCAGACAGAGAUGGGGCUGGAAGUACACAUGGGGAGUUAUUUCCUUCGUCGCCAUGUUUGGCAACACCAUUUUUCCCAUCCCUAGUAAAACUAGAAAUUAGGGAUUGCCCUAAUCUAUGGGGAUGGUGGAGGGAUAUUGAUGACUUAGAUGAAGAUUUUGAAUCAAUGAUUGAGUAUCAAAAUAUAACUUCUUUCCCAUGUCUUUCUUAUCUAACCAUAGAAAGUUGUCCAGACCUAACUUUCUUGCCACUGUUUCCACAUCUUGAAAGCCUGAGUCUUACAAAUACUAGCUCCAAGCCUUUUCUAAGGACAAUGAUGAUGAUGAAUGAUAUUACAGAAGCAGCAGCAACUUCAACACCCGCAAUGUCAAUCUCUACGUCUGUUUCUCCCUCACCUGCCACUUCCUCCUCCUCCUCUCCUCUCUCCAAGUUGAAGUACUUGGUCAUUUCAAAUAUCGAGGAUAUAGAACACUUGCCACAGGAAAUAUGCAACCUCUCAUCUCUUGAGCUUAUUCAUUUGUCGGAAUGUCCCAAUUUGGCAUCAUUGCCAGAUGAAAUAUGCAGCCUCUCAUCGGUUUGGAUCUUUCAAAUUGGGCAAUGCCCCAAGUUGACACGUUGGCCAUCCUCUUAUCAGCCUAGUUUGCCAAUUUGGCAUCACUUCUGACAGCAAUACCUUGUCUGCCUUUUUAAAGCAACGAGGAACUCAAGUGGCUCUGCUUUAUUGUGAAGAUGCAAAAUCAAAACUAGCCGCCCGAGAUCGCAAUGAGUUACAAAUUAUAAGGUGGCAACAUAGAAUGAAGGCCAGAGGAGAUUUUGAAUUAACACAGGCGAAUCUGGCCUCAAGUGCUUAGUCCAUUUCAAGUUACUAAUCAUUCUGCUCUUUAGAACUACUCUGUUGUCAGGUGGCUGUAACUCCUUAUGCUGUGGUAAGUUCUCAAUUUGUAUUUUUUUUUUUUUUCGUUUAUUUUAGUAUUCAAAUGCAUAAUUAUGUUGGUAACUUUUGUGUAAUGAAAAUAUUAGGAAAUUUGUUAUAGCUUUUAUGUACAAAUUGAAAAUUGAUAUGUUCAUCCAUUUUGUCAUUCUGUUUCUUUUAUACCUUUAAAUGAAGAGAAAAAAGCAUAUAUAUAUAUAUAUAUUGAUCUUUUCAA